GUAUCUUGUCCUUUCGAUUCUUAAGCUCUGCCAUGCAUACCGACCUACACUCGCUGAGUAUAUACCCAACGGUCUAACGUCCUCGAGUUGCAAGUUCCCGAUGUUGGACGGCGAGGUUACUGCACAUCAUGGACUUAGCAGUGAUAAUAGAAGCUGAGAAGAUCGCUGCUCACAAGCUGGAAACCUCGAGCUUGUCCCCAUUACCAGACGAUCUACGGCGAGGCCUCAUUGCCAUAGCUUUCUUUGGAUUCCUGUCCCUCAUUGCGUCGCUUACGCUAUUCGUAAUCCUCACAUAUCGAAUCGUAUCAUGGCGGCGACAAUCGAAUCGACCAACAUCACAAUUCGUCCUUCUCAUCUACAAUCUCGUCAUUGCCGACAUCCAACAGAGCGUCUCCUUCAUGCUCGCGGUGGUGUGGCUAGCAAGGAAUGGCCUCGAGGUAGGCACGCGGACAUGCUGGGCUCAAGCCUGGUUCGUCAGCGUAGGAGAUCUCGCGAGCGGAGUGUGGUGUUUUGCAAUCGGAGUGCACACGUUUGCAUCUAUAUUGUUUAACUAUCGCCUCAGCCCGGUGAAGUUCCAUGCGUCCGUUUUAGCUGGGUGGGCAUUUGUGUAUGGGUGCAAUAUUAUUGUAGUGUCGAUGCACCCGAACAUAUUUGUUCGAGCUGGUGCAUGGUGCUGGGUGGAUUCCAGAUACGAGAGUAUUCGUCUCUGGCUUCACUAUUUCUGGAUCUUUAUCUUCGAAUUCGGCACCAUCAUCGUCUACGCCGCCAUGUUCAUCAUCCUCCGCGCCCGGAUUCGGUCUCAAUCCCAUCCCGACUUCGCAACCUCUGCAUCUCUCAAGCAUGCCAGUUCCGCCGCGAAACUGAUGGUCGUCUAUCCUAUCGUCUAUGUUGUCUGUACCCUUCCCCUUGCCUCCGCCCGUGUCGCCGCCAUGGCCGGACACCGCCUCUCGAUCGUCCAUCUCUGCGUCGCAGGCGCCAUGAUCACCUCCAACGGAUGGCUUGACGUUCUCCUCUACACCAUGACUCGUCGAAUCAUGAUCUUCAGCGACGAACCUCCCCCAGAUACUCUUGGCAUCGACACUUUCCAGGUCCCCUUUUGGAGCAAUGGCGGCGCCGAAACGCGCUUCGGCACAACUACUGUCAUCGAAGCCACCGGCCCCGGAGCCGCUGCUUUGCAUUCUGGCAGUACCAGUCGAACGGGCUACCAUCAACGCGGUAAAGGCUACACCCCUGGCUCCAGUAGGGGCCAUUCCAGCAAUGGCCGACAUGGCCGACGACCCAGUGUAGCCAAUGUCCUUGGCCUUGGAGGCGUCGACCGAAAAGGGAACAAUAGCCGACAAAAUUCAUCCCACGAGAGCACCGAUGAGCUAUGGGGCUCGUCAAAACCCUCGCUCUGUACCCUCGACCUAAGCACGGGUGUCCAGACACAGACGACAGUCGAAGUGACGAGCGAUCCGCUGCCGCUCGAGCUAGUCGAGUAUGGCGGCUUCGAGGACUACUUGAGAAAUGAGCGAGGGCAUCGGAGACCAGGCGACGGCGCCGAGUCACCGGAGGACGCCAUGAAUUUGAAUUUCCAAACGAAGCCAGAUGGGUACUAGAAUGGUACUCGGCUUCGGUUUUUUCUUUUUUCGGUUUAUAUGAGUUGCAUACCUUGCACACAAUACGGGACUAAGGGCACUGGAAGUGGGAGCGACUCCCUCGAAUAGAUGUUAUUGUGCUCAUCAAGCAUAUAUGGAUGGCGUUAUCGUCGUGGGACCUAUCCCUGGGUCAGAAACGGGCAUGACAAAAACGAUUUCCUUGGUGUUGACGACAGUUACUAGACUCAUUGGGACACUGAAGGCGUUACGUCCUGGCAGGGCAACGACUGUGCAUAUUUUCGGGCAUUAUCACUGG